AUGGGCAGUUCAUUUGCCAUUACUGUCGAGGGUUUGGUAUUCAGUUGGGUACCAAAAGUGGGAAACAAUUCAUUUGAAAACCAUUACCAAAACCUUUUCGAGGAGUUGUCGGCAAUAGGAUCGGGAGGUUUUGGGACUGUAUUUAAAGUGAAGCAUAGAUUCGAUGAACACAUAUAUGCCGUCAAAAGAGUACAAAUGAAGGAUUCUUCUGAUAAAAAUAUGAAUAGAAUUCUGAAAGAAGUGAAAAAUUUAGGAAAAGUUCGCUCAGAAUAUGUGGUCCAGUAUUACAACUCAUGGCCCGAAACCAACUUCCUUUACAUUCAAAUGGAGUUUUGUUCACAGAAUUUAAGAAAUAUUCUCGAAAUAAAACCAAAAGUAUUUGAGAGAGACUUAGGGGAAGCCAUGAGUUCUUAUGAGUACUUCAUUUCGUGUGAAAUAUUCCGUCAGAUCUUAGAAAGUGUUCAGUAUUUGCAUGAAUUGAAUCCACAGAUCAUUCACAGAGACCUCAAACCCGACAAUAUAUUGAUUGACGGGAACGGAAGGAACGGUAUGGGGACACCAAAAUACCAGGCUCCCGAAAUAGCUCAGGGUAUUAAAUAUGGGCAUAAAUCUUUACUCCGGGAAUGA